AUGAUCAUCGUUCUACAAUUGCGGAUUCUGGUGUUUUUGUCCUGGUUCGAGUUGCCGUACAAAAGCAAAGUCACCAGGAAGUGAAAUGUCAAACGUUGGGAAGCUGGUGCCGCUGUCUGCCGCUGUGUCAGGGGUCCAGGGUCUGAUGCCGGGCACUGCGACUGUCCUGGCCACCAGCGAGGUCAAGAAGAAACCCGCAGCUCAGAGUCUCAGUAUUGAAGAGCUCCCGUCCCUGUAUGUUACUCCAGAGCCGCAGCUCAGGUAUGUGGAGCCAGAGGUGGGGCCAGUGGAACGAGGCGUGGCCGAACUGAGGAAAUGGGCCGAGCCUUACACUAACCAGUGUCAGGAAACGGGUCUGGUUGCCCUGGAGAAAGCCGAGGAGGUCUACAGGACUGUAGAGCCCACUGUGAGCUCCUCCAUCAGGACAGUGAGAGAGACAUAUGAGUUCCUCAGUGAUCCUCCUCCUGACCUCUAUCCCAGCGUCGGGGUGAUUGGCUUCUCUGGCUUCUUAGGAUUGUACCUGGCCAAAGGUUCCAGGGUGAAGAGGCUGGUGUUUCCUGUCGGGCUGAUGGCUCUUACUGCUUCCAUGUUCUACCCCCAGCAGGCUUCCUCCUUAACCAAGGUGAGCAGGGACUCUGUGUACAGCUGGAGUCAGCAGGGUCGGGAUGCUGUGGAGACGCUCUGGAAGGACCUGCCGUUUGGCAAGGGCAAGGCAGGCUGAGAAGACCGAGGACAAGAGCACUGCUAGCUGAGACAGAGAGAGCCUGGACAUAUCACCUGGCUGUCACACACACACACACACACACACACACAAUGCACCUGAAGAGUGCACCCAGAGUCAUAUACAGAGUUCAUAAAACUGGGUUUGAGAUUUUGAACGUUAAUGGCAUCAAAGUUCCCAAAACAAUCACAUUUUUGUUGUGUCAUGGAACAUUUGGUUCAAACGUGGAGGAUAGGUUAUACUUGGAGCCCAACGGGUAUAUCAUUUCACCGAUAUAAUUCGCCGAUAUUGGCUGUGCAUGCAUGUUUGUGUUCAUGUUGUUGUCCUAAUGUUGUGUCAGAAUCUGUGUGAGUUUGGGUGAGUGUGUGUGUGUGUGUGUGUUCAAUCGUGGUGUUCCUAGGUGUGGAUUGAUGCUGGCCCUCAGGCCCUUGUUCUCCUAUGCCAUUGGCACCUUAUUUGUUUAAUGAAAUUGUGAAAUCAUAAAUGGCUGAUGUGAAUAUAGGGGAUUAGGAUUCUUGGCAUGAUAACAAUGAUUGUCAGAGGAGUUGGACUGCAAGUUCCGACAGAAUCGCCUAUAUUCACAACAGCCCUAUUUUCCUGAUAGUAUUUCCCUAGGUGGUGUAGGUGUGCCACAAAGCUCCUCGAGGUGCACUUAGUGUUGGCACACGAAACAAAAAAGUAUUAGAAUUUUGGAGCCAAAUGUGCAUAUACUUGUCUGAGGAGGUUACAACAUGUCAUCCCACCCACCAGUGGUGAGAGCCUGUUAUUACCAUAAUCUACUGUAUGUCUAAUUUGUUUGGAACCAGGCUCUUGUCGUACAUUUUUGUUUUGUUUUCAAUGAUAUAACCUGGAUUACUAGAGGUGAAAUAAACUCUGUAUGUAGGUCUGGGUGUACUGUACCAGUGUGGAUAGAAUACACAUUCAACACCCUUAUGUACACAGCACCUCCAUGAUGUACACCCCCCCCUAAACAGAGCACCUUAACAUACCUCUAUCUCUCUCCUGUAACAUGAUACAUCACAUUCCCUCUUGCUCUGUUACCAUGCCAACCUGUUGUAACCAUGCCAACGGACACAGUAGACUCCUGUCAGCUGUCCUCUGAUCUCAUUUCUGUGUUUGUCUAAACCUUAUUGCUCAUGCUGGUUUGUUUUGGUGAUAUUUAUGUAUUUAUUUCUAAAGACAUUCCCUCAUCAUUGAUCCACUACAGAGUGCACUACGGUAACAUUACAUAAAUUAUUUCAAAAGUUAAAGAUAUACUUCUACUACAGAAUAAUAUUUAAACAUGGUGGUGUAUAUUUUUUAAAGUAUUUUGUGUUUCAGGUGAUGAUUUUCAUUUUGAAUUGGUUGAUUUUGUAUUGAUUGUCUGUCCCCAGAAAACGACUGUCUAAAAACAGAGAUAUGGUCCUAAUAAAUCAAACUCACAUCUGA